AUGGAGUUCAAUCAACCGGUCAAGAGAUCCAGAGAUGAGUUUGAAGAAGAUAAUUUCCAACAUCCUCAAGAUCAAUUUGAAUCUGAAGAAAAAAGACAACGUAGCGAUCCAAUUAAAGAGUUAAUCAAUAAUGUUUGUAAAGAUAUUAGAAAGAUUGGUGAAAAUUCAAAUAUAAUUAAUCAAAUUGAUGAUGUAUCUUAUAUUUCCAAUCCUAUAGUUGCUGAGUUUGAAAAGAUUGAAGAAUUAAGAAACUCUGUAUUAUCAACUAUUUAUGCUAUCAUCAUUGAACAACCUCAAAAGAUUAAUGCUUUCAGUAAUUUAAUCUUAAUCUGUAAUGCAAAGAAUUUUGUGGUUGCAAAGUAUGUCAUUGAAUUCCUUCAUGCUAAGGCUCAAGAAUUAUUAGAUAGUAUCAGGAAUGCAUCUAAACAAUCUGAAGAUGUCGAUACCAAUGAAGAAAAUGCUGGUGUUUUCAACAAUAUCAAGUCAAUCUUAAAGUUCUUAGCUACUUUAUCUCCAAUUAUUGAAAAUUAUUCCAUCAUAAAUAUCUUUAAACAAUUCUUACAAUUAUCAAUCGAUUUACAAGAUUUAACUCCAGAAACAAGAAGUGGUAUAGCUCAAGAAAUAUAUUAUAAUGUAUUGAUUUCAAUUCCAUAUAUAUUAUCUAAUGAAUCUGAAAAUUCUCAAGAAAAAUUAAUUGCCUUGAUUGAUACUGAAUUAGUUGACUUAGCUAAAUCUUUUAAAAUAGUUGAACAUAAAUCUAAUAGUUUAAUUCAACCAUUUGAUUCCAAAUUAAAUAAUUAUGAAUUACCUUAUCAACCAAAAAAACUAAUUGAAUUGAUUUUACCAGCCAUCUUAGAAUUACAAGCUCAAAAUUGGUCUAAUGAUUUAUUCAUUAAUUUCUUAGAAUUAUUAGAUCCAAUAAUACAAGAAAGUUUAUCUAAUAAUGAGAUUUCAAAUGAAUUGAUUCAACAUAAAUUACCUCAAUUCAAAAUCCCAGAACCUUCAAUCUUAUCAAAGUAUAAACCUCAUGGUUCUAUUGAUAAAUUAUGGUAUGAUAAUCCAAGAAUUAUAUUUCAAGUUUAUAAUUUAACUACUGAAUUUGAAACUGUUCCAUCCAUUGAAUCAUUCCAAGGUUUAUUCUUUAAAGAUAUUAGUUCAGAUAUCUUAACCAAUUUAUCGUUCAAUAAAAAUGAAGCAUCUACUCAAUUAUCAAUUUUAGAUUUAUUCUAUAAUAAGAAUUUAUUUGCUCCUCCAGGUUCAUCUAUUGAUACUUUAACUGAAAUUCAUAAGGAUAAUGUAUCAGGUGAAAAUGAAACUCCAUUAUCAACUUGGAAAGUUGAAGAUGUGGCGGUGGAAAGUAUUCUUACUAUGAUUUUCCAAUUACCUACUCCAUUACAUAAAGAGAUUUACUAUUAUACGGUUUUAAUUUCAUGUUGUAAAGAAAAUCCUGAAUCUUUUGCUCCAGUUUUCGGUAGAGCUAUUAGAUUAUUCUAUAAUAAUUUAGAAACUUUAGAUUAUGAAUUAAAGAUUAGAUUUAUGGAUUGGAUGACAACUCAAAUUUCUAAUUUUGAUUUUAGUUGGAAAUGGGAUGAAUGGGUUCAAGAUUCAAAAAGUUUAAAGAAUGUAAAAUAUCAUCCAAAAAAGAAUUUCAUUAAGAAUUUAAUUGCUAAAGAAAUCAGAUUAUCAAAUAAAGAACGUAUUUCAGAAAGUUUCAUCACUAUGAAUCCUGAAACUUCCGAAAUUGAAAAUAUCAAAGAAUUUGAACAAUAUUUGAAUAUAGCAUUAUUUGAAAAUGAACUGAAAUUUAUCCUUGAUUAUGAUACUGAAUUAUACGGCGGCAAAGAAGAAGUUCAGAAUGUUUUAGAAGAUUUAUUAACUGAAAAGAAACAAGAAUUAAAAUUAAAAAAUAUAGUCGGAGCUCAAGAAGAAAUGUUUUAUAAUUUCUAUCAUUCUGAUUUACCAUUGGGUGAAAUCAGUCAAAAAGUAUAUGAUUUUAUAAUGGCUCAUUAUAAACCAAAUAAUGAAUUUGAAGAAUUAUAUGAAGAAGUAUUAACCACUGCUAAGGAAUCAUUUCCAGAGAUUAAUGCUGAAAGAUUUUUAAUUAAUCUUUUUUUCCAAACUUAUGCUUUCAUUGGAUCUAGAUCAAUCUAUUCAGUGGUUAGUAUUUUAGAUCGUGAUAUUAAUAAAUUAAAGUUCUUGAGUGGGAAUUAUGAAAAGAUAGAAUAUGCCAAAGAUCAAAAUGAAAUUGAAUUUAAGAAAGUGGAAUUAUCUUCUGAACAAUUAAAUGAUCGUCAAAAUUGGAUUAUUGAAUCGAUUUUCCGAAUUUGGAUUAAUCAACCUCAAGUUGUAUUCUUAAUUUUGGAAUAUUUAAUUGAAUUCCAAAUUCUUUUACCUAAUUAUUUAUUAGAUAAAUGUUUGAAUCUUGGUACUAAUUUAAUUAUUGAUAAUGUAUCAUGUAUGGAAUCAAUUAAUAGAAUUUUAUCAUCAUUGAAUUAUACCAAUGGUGAUCAAUUUAAAUUAUUAAUUGUACAAUUAUUCAAAUUGAUUGUUAAUAAUUUGAAUGAAUUAUCUAAGACAUUAGAACUUGAAGAUGCACAAAAGAAAGAAGAAGCAGAAGAAAAAGAAAAGGAAGAAGUCUCAGACAAAGAUAACGAGUUAUUCACUAAAGUAGACAAUCAAUGGUUAUUCUAUGAAUACAAGGGGUUAUUGAAAACAUAUUUCAGAAAGUUUAUCGCCACACAAACCUCCACAUCAGAAAUUUUAGAUGAAAUCAAACAGUUAUUUGAAACCAUUGAAAAUGUUCCUGCUAAGGAAGAUAUCUUAACCUGGGUUGCCGAAGUCUAA